AUGUCUGGGGUUCUAUUACACGCGCACUGUUGGGAACGUGCCCAUAGUCCUCCUUCAACCACGCGUCGUUCGCAAAACUUUCUUGCUGUACGACUAGAGCAGACAUACAAUAGCACAAAGUCUCAAUGGGAUUUUGCGCGCGUUGCGGAGACCUCGUCAAUAGCCAAACAUCGCGCUGUAAAUGCGGUGGGCGGCCUCGAAGUAUCCCCAGGCAUCAAGGAUGGGAACACCGAUAGAUGGUCCAAAACAUAUACCUCAAAAGAGAAGACUUCGACCUCUGCCUCUACUUCAUCCUCUAAUCGCAACUCUCGUAACUCAUCGGGCCUCCCACCACUUGGGAUGUUAACAAUGGACUUCAAUAAGGAUGAUGAUGUCUCUCCCCCUCCUCGUACACCCCCACCUUCAGACGCACUUGGCACUUCACAUACGAAUCUUGCAGCAUUACCUCCCGUUCAAAGGUCUCCAGGCCGUCGCUCUUUCCCCAAGCCCUUGAACCACAGCUCCCGCGUCAGCUCCCGUCCGACUACCACCAAUCGUCCUUCAUCGCCGCUGAAACAAGCCUAUAUUCCACCAAAACACGACUCGCCUCCCAUAUCAGACAGGCGAGACCAAUACAUUACCGAUGAUGACGACAUGCCCAGUAUUGCAGAUGAAGAUUUAGGCGAUUUGACAAAUACCUUGGGAUCUACUAUUCAGCCCAAGGAAACCUUACCUGUUCAAUUAUGCGCAAGCUGUGAUGAGCCAUUUGCCACGGAUGCUGUUCGCUAUCCUGGCCUGGAUGAUCCCCGCGGAAUUACGGGUCGACCGGGGCAUUCCUGCGAUCCUGCGGGCAAACCGUGCUGCGAACCUUGCCUCGAAAAAAUAUUAAAUACCCCCAGCGGACCAUCUCCCCCAUCCACAACACGCAUCACACGCAAGUCUGGAGGUCUUAACGAAAGUACUUCCGAGGAUCGUCGCACCAGCACUCCGCGGGGUCCGCCUCCCGGUUCCAACGCUCAAAGUAAGGGGAAUACUUCCGAUUCAGCCCCACCUGCUCGCCCGCGCGAAUCUAUGUCUUUCUUGGAGGAACUAAAGCAAGGCAGUCCGCCGGUGGAGGAGCCCCUUCGCCAAGUGCCAUUCGCCGAGAAACACUUCGUAGCAGAAGCAAGAGUCGUGACGCUGAGCGCCAACGCUCGAAGGACGAAGAAGAAGAACCUGAUCAGGACAAGAGCCGUGAGCGCGAUCGACCUCGUGACCGGGACCGGGAUCUUGAUCGGGACAAGGAAAAAGACAAGGAACGUGAUCGCGAGCGGGACCGAGAACGGGACCGAGAGCGUAACAGGGAGCGUGAACGUGAACGCGAGCGCGAAAAAGAGCGCGAACGAGCGAGAGCGGGACCGCGAACGAGAACCCGAACGAGAACUGGAACGCGAGCUCGAGCGCAGUUAUGACUAUGACCAAGAUGACGACCGUGUACCACCCGAGAACAGCCCCAUUAACCCCGAUUUGAUCCGGCGCGAUACCAUGGGACCCGCAAAGCUGGAAGUGCGAUCCGUCGGGCCCGCGAACGAGAGCGCGAACGAGAGCAGAGCGGAAGUCCUUCCGCUGCUCGUCGCGAGUCGCGUGACACUGGGGAGAAGCCAUCAACUCGGAAUGCCAGGCGUUCUGCGAGCCGCCCACGCCAGCGUAGCACUAGUCCCCCUCCCGCUAGCGCUUCACGGCGCUCGAGUACGCAACCCUUGCGAAGGUCCUCGUCUAGGGGUGCCCUCAAGCAAAAAGAGCGGAGCUGCACUCCGAUCCGCUAGUCGCCCCAGGCCGUCUGACCCCAAGCCCCGGCGCGAACGCGAGCGCAGUACCAGCCCGCCUCCAAAAGACAUUGCUCCUAUGUAUCCCGUUGGCAAGCUUACGCGAGACUUGGGCUCUCUCACCGUCGGCCUUGCUUCUGGUGACGAUGUGAGCGUUGUUGCCUCUGACAGCCAUUCAAGCAUUGCACGUUCCGAAUACACCGCACUCUCCUCUACUUCUGCAGCCACUAGUCUACGCAGCUCUACUUCUCCAUCUUCGAUUGGUGCGGUCGAAGUCAAACCGAUUUUGAAGACCCGUCGAUCACUCAUUACUUUUGGAGAUACUACUGGGUCCGAUUCGCCUUCAACCUUGGCCAAGUCCCGUCGACCCAUUCGCAGCAGCCUGGUAUCGCGUGACAGUGGAUCUGAUCUCUCAAAGACCCCAACCAACGAACCGUUUGAUGGAGCUAAAGUCGAAGAAGAUCCUCGAGUCGACGAGGAUAUGGAUAGGUCAAUGGAUAGGUCAAUGGAUAGGUCGAUAGAUCGGUCCACCGAUAAGGAUUUAGAAAAGUCCUCGACCCCAUCCCGCUUACCACGACGACGAAGUAUCGGACGAGAGUCGCCAGCAAGCACCACAGGAACCGUCACCCCUGGUCGGGUCCGUUCUGGCACACCAUCAAGUGGCAAGAAGCCAAGCAUGGGUGACUACCAUGAGCCCGAGGAGCCACGCACAUCCUGGUUGCGGAACCGCGAGACCCGCACCCGAAGCUUUGUUAAGCCCGAGGCGAUUAUAGCGACACAUCGAACGAUUCUCUGCCUUGGGCCCGAGUCGUUUAGCCCUCCAGCGCCUGCCCCUACUUCCACCCCUAGUUCAGGAGCACCUUCGCCUUCUAAACGUCGUAGCAAGGUCGAUGGGCUGGUUAUGCCAAUCGAUUCGACCGAGCGCUGUUCGAUGUGUAAUGAGAAGUUGCACUUGGAUGGCGGAAACAUGUUUGUCACCGUGCCCGGCUACGCUAAAACUGGCAACACAGGAGAAUAUACGCCUGCACGAACCUUCCAUGUCGACUGCUUCAAGUGUUCUGUCUGUGAAUUGCCCUUUGGAAACGAUGCCUGGGAAGGCCAACAAGCGCGCUUUGUUCAACUCAAGGACGUUAUCGCACACCCAGAGUGUGCUCCUCCGAUCGUGAGGACAGCAACCUAUACACCAAGCCCUACCAAAUUGAAUCGCGCCGUCAAGUCACAACCUCAGCCAGCUGAGCCUCCAUUGAGGUCCGCCCCUGCGGUACCACGCCCCACACCAACUGUGAAUACCUCGUCCACUCCCGCUCCCGCUCCCGUUACUCGACCACGCUCUGGAACGACCGGGCAGGUGCCCCACGGUUUGGUGGGUCGAUGUAUUGCCCUCCAUGCGGCAAGAGCGUCAGCCCAAUGGAACUGGGAACGUGCCCGGGUCCGAACGGGAGUCGCUGGCAUUCCUCAUGUUUGGAGGAAUCCCAAAGACCCAGGGUGCGGGAAGCAGUUGGAUUCGGGUGCCAAGUAUGAUCAAGAGGGUGGUGUCUGGUGCCGUGAAUGUAUUGACAAACUUCCAUCGGACAUGCGACCGUCAUCACCCAUCAAACCGAUUAUGCCUACUCAUACCGGCAGCAAGUCAUGGGGCAGGGCAAGUGGUGGUGCAGUUGUCGCCCAACACACUGGCGUGUCCGUUAACAACACUGGAGGUGGCAUCCUAAAACCGCAAACCACAGGUGGAGGGGGAUUCAUCCGACCCCAGACAACGGGUGGAGGAGGUAUCAUUAAGCCCCAGACAACGGGCGGCGGAGGGAUCUUGAAGCCUCAAACAACCGGUGGUGGGAUUCUAAAACCCCAGACUACGGGUGGUGGUGGGAUCCUCAAGCCUCAAACGACCGGUGGGGGUGGAUUUAUUCGCCCUCAGCUUACGGGUCGCUCAGCCGGUGGAGUGACUGCUCAAUACACCGGAGGUAGCGUUGUUGGGGGACUAGUCCCUCAACUAACUGGUGGAGGCCUCCCCAUUACGAUGCAACUAACCGGGGGCUCUUACCGUCGUUCUGCUGCAAAAAGCAUUGGAAACUUUGAAGAGUUGGAAGCCCAAUACACUGGGGGACGUGCAUAUGACCGACCGGUCUCAGCUCUGGGAGGUGAAGGCUUCCGCACGGCCAUGUCGCUUGCACGAAGAGGAGUAUCGAUGAGUGAUGCGGAUGAAGCAUACGAGCCUCCCGUUAGGGAACGACCUAAGUCUGCUUAUGGGAUGAGGAACUGGAAGAUCUAA